AUGUCUGAUACUUUUCCUAUCGCCGUUGGCUCCGUCAUCGCUCCACAAAGGCCACAUGGAGCAGUGGGUAGUGGUGGGUCUAUCGGCACACAGCAGCCGCCUAAUAUUACUCGAACGGUAUCGAAUCUUCACUUGCCAACACCAACUGCCGGCUGCAACAUGAUUACUUUUGCCUCUCUCGGCGUUUACAUGCCACAACUUCACUAUAUCCAUGGCAAUCAGACCUCACAAAAAGGCCGUCGUAGUUCCAGGCCUGGUGCAUGGCUCUCAAAGUAUGCGAGGCAGGUACUGCGACGGCUAUGGGCCUGUAUAGCUAGCCACCUGCGCGUGCAUGUCGAUCAUCAACUUCGGCGGCUUUGCCUCGACAUCGCCUUCGCGUGUUGCUUUGGCGUCGUUUUCUCCUUCUGUGCUUUCACGUGCAAAAUCUCAUCGAUCGCCCGCUAG